CGCUGCUUCAUACUGCGCUGCGACGGUAGACCCAGUGACGAUCAUAGAAGGCCCUUUGUAGACGUGGAAAUGAGCCUGAAGUAUGUUGGGGACAAGAAAGAUAAGGCACAGAAGCCAGCAGUUCUCACGGCUCGUAGUGCGAGCCAACUCGAAAGCAGCAGGAAAGGAUCGGAGCCCGAGCGUGACGUCAGGCUGGACUACAAAAGCGGCAGUUGCACCAAUCUAGACCAAGAUGUAGGUGAAGUGGCCUACACCAACAUCGCUGUCGGAAACACUGCCAGAUACAAAAACGCAUCAGGCGACGCAAUAAUCCAGACGAACGAAAUAACGGAACUAAUUAAGAAAAUGUGCGAUUCCUUCACUUUGACCCAAGAGAAGCUCCUCGCUGCUCGAGCUCGUCCUGCAACCAGCGAUAUGCAGGUGCAGUGCGAAGGGAUUGGGCAAGAUAAUCCGACUGUUGGGCAACGGGGUACUACGGAAAGUGGUGAAACGGAAUGCAGAGAGGGGAGCGUGAAAAGUGGGGGAAGCCGCCUGAAUUGUGAUAGGAAUAGUGACGUUAUUGAAAGUAAACCAAUCCGACUGGAAACGAGUAAGAGCGAAACAUACAUAUCUCAUCAUGAAAGGGAUAUGGUAAAAAUAGCUCUCACGCACGCUGAACGUGACUCCAUAAUGCAGAAAUUCGUUGAUGAAUUAGAAGACUGGAAGGAAAAGCAACAGGAACUGUUUAAAAUACAGCUGAAACGCAAAGAAGAGUACCACCUUGAUCUCCUAGCCAAGGAGUGGGCCAAGAAACGCUUGGAGGUGGAGACCAAGCUAAGUCGUGGCGUGCAGCAAUGUCGCGCGUUGGCUGCUGACUUGGCGCGAGCUACCGAUGACUUCAGGCUGAGGGGAUAUAGGAACACCGAGCGAGAGAAGAAGUUGCACGAAGCAAAAAAAGCGCUGGAAUCCCACUAUACAGCGAAAUACCAGGAACUGAGAGACGCGUCCCAAAAGAUGGAGGACGACAUGAACCACCGCCUUAAGCUCAAGGACAUGCGCAUCGAAGAGCUGGAGACUACCGUACAGCAGCUGGAGAAACGGCUGGAAGCGAUGAGGACGAAUUUCAAGAAUGUUGAAAAGGACGCCGAGAGUCGAUAUUCAGGAUUAACCAAAGAUCAAACUGCCAGUCUCAUACAGGAGUUGCGCUGCCUAGAAGAGAAGUUAGACAGCGCGGUGCAAUCCAAAGCGUUCUUCAAGGAGCAGUGGGGCCGCGCCGUCAGAGAGCUCCACCUCAACAAGCUGCACACGCGGCGGCAGUUGCUCGCGCGGCUGCAGCGAGAGAGGCAGCAACUGGGAGACGAGGGACUGGACACGAUACUGGACCAGGACGAGGGCAGCCCGCGCGCGGUGGACAUCAACCGCCUCAAGGACGACUUCUACGUCGACAUCCUCGCUAAUACGCCCGCCAUCGACUCCACCUCCAUCAUCAGUAAUUCUGGCCACGAUGGAAUGGACAUCUUUGAUGACCAAAACCCGCCGCGCAACCCGGCCGACGACAAGCUGGCGGCGCUGAUAGCGCAGCGCGAGGCGCUCGUGGCCCAGCGGAGCCCCGACGAGGCCGCGCUGCAAGCGCUCAACACAGACAUCCGCGCCAUGCUGCUCAACUGCGCCACGUGACGCCGCUCACAAACUACACUACACUACUGAAGCCCGGUCUCUGGAGCACGUAGAAUUUUGUCCAAUGACCCCAAGCUACCCAUCCUUAUCGCUCGCGUAAUUAUGUUGCUGUUGCGCUCGCACACUCACUGCGGGCGCCCGUCGCACAGUCGCGACAGCAAUAUAUUACGCGCGAGCGAUAAGGAUGGGUAGCUUGGGGUCAUUGGACAAAAUUCUACGUGCUCCGCGACCAGACUAUAGCUGCUCACCUCUUAAAUAGGCCAAAUUCUCUUUUAUUCAUAAGUUCUCCGACUCCGCCAUGUUUCUACACUCUCGAUCGACGAAACCAGUCCCUUAAACACGCACCAUGGUAAUUUUUUAUGCUGUUUCCAUUAUCAAAAAAGAAUUAGCGGUGCGGGUGGGGGUGACACGUGAAAUAUCAAAGCUGUCACGGUAUACCUAGCUAUGGACUUCAUCAGGGCUAAAAUGAUGGUCACCACUAAAUGUGGUCUUAACUUCAAGCUGUGUAUGUUAGUGAUCAACCAUACUGUGUCUGCCAGCCAGCUGUUUGCUUCCAUGCUGAAGUUGAGCAGGGAAAAAGGGUAGUAAUGUUAUUUACCUCGCCAUUUGAUUGUCGAUGCCACUCGAUUUAGCUAGUUUUUUACGACAUCUACGAUGUAUGUGUACACCGAGUGACAUACUAUGUUCAUUAGUUCCUUAAAAAUCGUUUAUCAAUUCAAAUCAACGGAAUCUCAAAUAUAAUAAACUUACUAUUUGACAAGGAUUGUCUUUAAUGUUAUGCUAAUGACAAUUUAGAAGUUAGUCAUUCAAUUAAUAUUAUUAUGUUGUAAUUUAAAUUCUUAAUUGCUCAUUAGUUGUACAUUACAUUGUUAUAUUGGUAAUUAUUAUAAUGUUGCAACAUGAUGACAAAAUGAAAGAAUGGCUCCAAUUAUUGUUAUAAACAAUUAUUUUUGUGAUAAUUUUUACUUGUAUUAUACUAUUGUUAUUUAAUAAAUUCUGUUAAAUAAUGUAACUAUACUUGUUUUCUUUCACACCAGAAAGUAUUCUAAUAAGGGAGUACAACAUUUUAAACUGCAAUAGUUCAAUUUACCUAGGUCACACACAUUCUUUAGACUAAUAUUAUUUAUAAAUGCGAAAGUAACUCUGUCUGUCUCGCUUUC